GUACACGGCGGUUGUAGGUACUGAGGCAAUCGAACGCUUCAUAGCCUACCAUGUCCAACAGUUGUGCGCUAGGGUUCGUUCGGCAUUGCCGCUUUUUUGGCAGCUCAAUCCACCAACACACCAGAAUCGGUCGCAGAAGGCUUCGACCGUGCAUAUAGGAAAGUGCGUUUACUUGUGGAAUUAGUAGGUACAAAUCAGUCCAGUGUAGAGGGUGAGGCUUUUUCGAUCCUAAAUCGUUCACGUUCCUUGCAGGAAUAAGUAAAAUUUUUGUUCGUGAAUAUCGUGAUUUGGGUUUUGCUUAAUUUAUGCACCAACAUUUGUAUUUUCCUGUGCUUCCGGUUUGGUGGAACUUUUACCAUUUUGCCAACCCAGGUUUCCCAGAGUGAGAACUUAAUUUAACGUCACUUCCUGCACAGACGUCGGUGCAAAACGUCGGAAGUUUCGGAACGGAACGGUUAGUUCGUUGUGAUUUCCGCUGCACCCCACCCAGCUGUAAAAAAGAAUCGACACGAAGGUGGGUUUGAAUUGAAUAUUUUAGUGCGAGCAAGCAUAUUUAAACUACAGCAAGGAUGUCGCUGCCAAAUAUAGGACGUGUUUCAACACCUCAGCCACAUUUCAUGCCGGGAUACACAGGCUACUGUCCACAGUACAUGUAUCGUAUCGGUAAUACGUACUCAUCUCUCACGCAUCGUUUACUGAUUGAUCCGACGGUAGCCCACUCGGAAAAGCUGAUCCUUUCCGAUCGAACAAACGAUGAGUAUUCGAUUGAACGACAACCCGUAGCUACCCAGCUGGACGAAGAUGAUCGCCGCCGAGAGGAUGAUGAUCAGCGGGACACGAUCUACCAUCACACGCCCAUGCCCGGUUAUGAGGGUUACAUACCGCGAACGAAGGAUAAAUUUGGCAAACGGUAUGCCGUCACCACAACGGAAGGUUUAUCCGAGUUUGAGCGAGACUGUCAGCGAACGAGGGCGCAGCUGAAACGGUUGCGCCAUCGUGUUGCUCAACCAAUCUCAACCAUUUCCAAAGGAAGUCUAGGCGAACGGAUGCUUCGACUGAAUGAUUAUGAAAUUCCACUACGAUUGGUGCGCCCCGAUGCGCUCAGCGUAGUAAAGGAGGUACCGAUGGAAAAUUUACCCCCACUGCCCGGUUUACCUUACUUUUCCCGUGACACACCACCGAUGGCGCUACCGAACGAACAUCCGGAAAAGUGGAUCAAGCUAGGAUACACUGGACACAAACCAUUCCUUUGGCCAAGGUUCGGCGAAGCGAAUGUACCGCUAGCAUCGAAAGCGCUCUGUGAUUUUACCAACAGCUACAAUCAUCGACGAAGCACCGAUUGGGAACCGAUAACAUUGGCCGGUGCAGGAACGACGCAACCGUCGGCGAGGGUUAACGAAAUCUAUCACAAAACGAUUGGCCUUCUGCCGAACUAUCAGGGGCACGUACCGGGAGCUAUGUUUAGGUUUGGGAAAACCUUCGGCAACGAUAGCAAGGAUGCGAAAAAGUAUCUAAAAAGGUGCUGAAAAAGAAAUUCAUUAUGGUGAUAUGUUUUGAAGGAAAAACAAAAUCUACCACAACAAUCGCAUGUGCGCAGUGAGUGAUGAUUCUAUUUGUUAAACUUUACCGAUUGAAUGAUCCACUCCCAAGGAAAGUUAUGAAAAAUAAACGAUGCUAAAACCUAACAA